UUGAAGCGGUUGCGCGCGCCGGUGGCGGAGUAGUCUCUUUCCUCGCCUGCUGGGGGCUGGGCCUUGAAAGCCGCGUGGAGUUUGUCUUGUCCCACUCGCCGGCUCCUGCCGAGCGCCGUGCCCCGCACGUCUAUUUUCUUCUUUAAUCGUCACGGCCAGCCUCUGAGGGACCUUCUAAUACCCACCGCACAGAUGGAGAAACUGAGGCUUAGAGAGGCUGAGUAACUUGGCUGAGGUGAUACAGAUAUGCAGCUAUGGCUCGGGGUCCCAAGAAGCACCUGAAGCGCGUAGCAGCUCCAAAGCACUGGAUGCUGGAUAAGCUGACCGGCGUGUUUGCACCUCGUCCAUCUACCGGUCCCCAUAAGCUGAGGGAAUGUCUCCCCCUAAUCAUUUUCCUAAGAAACAGACUUAAGUAUGCCUUAACAGGAGAUGAAGUGAAGAAGAUUUGCAUGCAGCGUUUCAUUAAGAUUGAUGGCAAAGUCCGCACCGAUGUAACCUACCCUGCUGGUUUUAUGGAUGUCAUCAGCAUUGAUAAGAUUGGAGAGAAUUUUCGUUUGAUCUAUGACACCAAGGGUCGCUUUGCUGUUCAUCGUAUUACACCUGAGGAGGCCAAGUAUAAGUUGUGCAAAGUGAGAAAGAUCUUUGUGGGAACAAAAGGAAUCCCUCAUCUGGUGACCCAUGAUGCUCGUACCAUCCGUUACCCUGAUCCCCUCAUCAAGGUGAAUGACACCAUUCAAAUUGAUCUGGAGACUGGCAAGAUUACUGAUUUCAUCAAGUUCGACACUGGUAACCUGUGCAUGGUGACUGGUGGUGCUAACCUGGGAAGAAUUGGUGUGAUCACCAACCGGGAGAGACACCCAGGUUCCUUUGAUGUAGUUCAUGUUAAAGAUGCCAAUGGCAACAGCUUUGCCACUCGGCUCUCCAACAUCUUCGUUAUUGGCAAAGGCAACAAGCCAUGGAUCUCUCUUCCCCGUGGAAAGGGUAUUCGCCUUACCAUUGCUGAGGAGAGAGACAAGAGGCUGGCAGCCAAACAGAGCAGUGGAUAAAAUGAUUUCUAUGUAACAUGAUUAGAAGACUCUUUGUACUUAGUUAAAGAUAAUAGCACAUAAAAAAAUAAAGUUGUUUCCAGUCUGCUGCCAAUAAUACUACUGUGAC